ACACAAAAUCACAACCCGCGAGCUCACACUUUUCUACACCGCGUUCCGUGCGAAACACAGGAUCUCAAUCCACCUUCCCACCACCACCAGCUGCACUACUGUACCGCCCGUGGUAUACAGCUCGUAGCCGGUUCACAGCUCGUUCCCGCCGCACCAAACUGCUCACCGUAGCUCAACCGCCACUCCACCCAAGCACCCAAGAGCGACAGACAGGUGUGAUGUCUCUCCCUUGGGCGAUCCAGGAGAUCCACCUCCCAGCUGAGGAAACGAAGGGACAACAGCGGCGCAGCAUCUUCAACGAGGACCCGUGGGCGCUGAGGAAAUGCCACCAGUGCCAUGAGAAUUUUAUCCCGACCCCCGCGAACAAUGACUUCGACUUCUGCUCUGGCGAUUGCCGCUUGAGCUGCUCCAUCUUGCGGCACACCAAGAAGCAGGAGCGGAGCCAGCAACAGCAGGGGCGCAAGAAGAAGUGACGUCGGUUGGCCCGAGGAGGAACAAAAUGCAAGUGCGGGGGGGGGGAAGCGGCGACACCGAUAUAACUACAACUACAUGGCCGAUGCCUCUCGCUGUGCCAACAUGGGCACAACGAUGAGUCCUAGCAUACAGCAGGCCGCUUGUCGGAACACGAGUUAUUUAGGCUACCGCGCGGUAGCUGGAUUGUUUUUGAGUUGCGAUCCUUUUUCCGCUCUGGCGGGGGUAGACAGCACUUGGAACAAUCUUGAACCCGUCAACGCCGUGAGUUGUAGAUCCAUAAAAAAAUGACUCCUUGAGUGUGAACCGUCAACUUUCAUAAGGUUAUGAAAGUAGGGAAGGGAGGGAGGGGGGGGGGGGGGGGGGGGGGGGGGGGGGGGGGGGGGGGGGGGGGGGGGGGGGUGGGGCGCGACGUGGGUGUUCUCGAUACACGUUGCCCUCGGUCAAAACGCGUGACGUAUCAAAGAUAAACGCGAAAGAGCAGUCGGUAAAAUGGCAGCAGCAGUGCGUGCAAGUACUGCCGCAGAGCAAUUCCGAAUGCUCAGCUGUAGUGCGGAGGGCGUACGUCCCGCCCCGUCACGCGCCGCGCUGCACCAUCAUGUUAGGUUGCAUGUUAUAUUUCACGGUUUCACUAACAGUCAGUUGACAGUCAGUUGUGCUUUGGUUCCUGUUGCUGGUGUGUAUGUAUGUGUGUGAGCUUUCCGUGUCGGUAUUCGUUGUAGAAUAACGGGCUCGUACCCUGACGCCCGGUUGUUAUACCGUUGUGGGUCAGUGGCUUUUUCUGUCGACGAAGUUUUCGUGGGCGUCUCGUGUUCCGUGCAAUUGAGGGUGACCCGUAACCGCGAAUCGUGUUGUACUUUGCAUCUGAAUAGUGCAUGGUUCAUUUGUAUUUCAGGUUAUUGGAUCGCUCUUCGGGGGCGCUCAUUUCCAAACCCAUCAGGUGUUGUGGUGACACGUGAGGGUGAUGAGAUACACAUUACACACGGGAGUGAUCUUUGGUGGGUGUGUGGUCCAGGAGGUCCUCGGUCGUUUCCUGUGCGUCCUUUGUUCGUUGUGUGAAGUUGUCCAGGUUUUUCUGUUUCCUUUCACUAGCUGUGCGGGAUGGGCGGAUAGGCGUGUAUCUCUGUUCUUGUGUGUCGUUGCUCUCUGUUGCGGGGGACCACGACAACAAGCAACGCCCCGCCCUUAUGUGUGGGUCCCGUUCGCGCAUUUGAUUGUGACGCCUCGCGAGGCGCAUGACGAGGUGACAACGUCCUAGUCUUGCCCAGCUGAUUUGCUCGGCGAAGAAGACUUGCGGUACCUUCCGACAUCUGCAGCUGGUAUCUAGCACGAACGCUUUGUUUUCGUCGAGCAACUUGGCUGGGUUACGUGUUGCGCAGAGCACCGAAAACGAGGCUCGCACGGGCGCCAAAAGAGAUGGUUUGAGUUUGUCGUCUUUUCACGGCUGGUUGUAGCUUUUUGUCGAAGAACUUUUUCUGGUAGGUUCGAUGGCGACGGUGCAUUUCUAGGGCACGGCGAAAAGAGGGUUGGCUGACUACAGAGGGUUGGCUGACUACUUGUGAUCGCUGUUUAGAUCCUGGAGAACUGACUGCCGUCUGCACACACAUUUCGACACUUGAAGCCCCAAAUUCUUUUCUUCCAUGAAAUUGUUCGUGGCAUUAGCCGUGGGUAUGCACAAAGGCGUCUUUCUGUUUGAACGAAAAUGCCCCCUAGCAGAAUUCUUUGUUGAAGAAUUCGGGGCGGGCAGCAUGAAACUCUAAACGGUCAAUGCACAUGUUCGUCAUUUUUUUGUGGAGAGUUUUUUAAGUUGCUGGAAGGAGCAACGUACAUGUCUGUAUCGUGGGAGUUGCUGUUCUCCAUUUUUUUUUUCGGUAUGCACUUGUAUUAAAUUCGUAGUUCCAAUUUUUUGGCUCUUCAAAGAACAGAGCGCCCGCAUGUGUGCGGCGUGCCACCCGGCCCAUCGUCGUACGAAAGCCUUUAUGUCCGUUCGUAUGUUGGUUUUGCUCCGCGGUUUUAUAUCAUGGAUCACAAAAAGUGAAGGAGCAAGCAAGUUUGAUUCCACAAGUCCCGUGUGGUUGCAUGCAAGCCGACAAAUGUAGAAAUGUCUGGGAGUUGCGUACCGUAUGCGAUUGUUGCGUGUCUUGUAUUCGAGAUACCCGUCGCCGAUCUUCGUGUUCGGAGAUGGGAGGAUACAUGUAUGUUGCCGGAUGUGGCUGACCCGGCUUUUGUUCUGUUGUGUUGGUAAGUUCAUUUCAGGUUUAUGUUUCCCCCUUUCUUCCGCUGGUUGGUGACAAAUUGGUGUUUCGAAGGGUUUGGUCAAUUGAACGAGAGAGAAAAGAUGCGGUGCUCUGCCGAUGUUCAUUUUUUAUUUUUUUCACUUCGGCCAAGGAUGUUUCGUGUUGAAUCGGGUUGGAAGUUCAUGAAGUGCAGCAUUCUUCUGAGGUAUGUGAAGGCAAAGAACGGCCGACACGCGAAACAUCCUGGGAAGGACUGCGAGUUGUGUUUGGGACUUGUUGUGCGGCUUGUCGCUGGGUGAAACCACUACCACGAGCAUGCACGCAUUUCGCCGAGUACGCAGAUAGGGGGGCCCUGUGUUGGAAAGGAGUCUGUAGUGGAAGGCGACUCUGUAUGUUUUCGCACUGCUUGGUGUUCGAUAAGGUCGGAGGCCCCACCCGUCUACUAUCCCUUACGAUGUCUUUGCUUUAAUUCGGUCUGUUGGGCGGCCGGUUUCGUUUAUAUGUUGGGCAUUUCCAUAUGAGGGCUCGUGUGUACCAUGUAUAUGUAGCAUGCGGUACUGCUGAUUCGUUUUUUCUGCCCUUUCCAACCAUUUCGACUUGGGAGUGUGUCGUGUCAUCUUGCAGGACAUUUGUCGAGAUGGUUCUUGUCGGGUUUGUGCUUGCUGUAGAUCCACUUGAAGGAAUGACUUGUGCCGGGAGCGCAUUUUCUCGUGGUUUGGUCAAAGAUCACGUCGCACAUGCAAAGAGAGGUUGAUGUUUAUCGAUCUCGUUGUGACCGAGGUCGGUCGGGAGCCCGCACAGAGCAGCGUUACACCCGAUGUCAAAACGGCCCGCAACCGCUGUGUGGUAGGUAGUCUAUACCAUAAAAACACAACUUAACACCCGGCCGGUUCGGAUGCUCACGUGAUGAACGCACGUAGUCUAAGUGAUGCAUACACAUGCACCACCAGUUUUGAAGGGGGGAGGGUUGCGCACGUGCCCGUCUUCGGCAGCUGGCUGCUCCCGUAUGGAAAUGCAUUCAUUCUCGGUUCCACCCAUAUUCAUCCAGUGUCUCGCGGAGUCAUUGUAUCCAAACCAGUGACACAAAGUAGGUGACACUUGUACAUGCCGAAUUGAGUUUCACGCGGAGGGUACCGGUCGCCCCGGUGGU